AUGGCAGAAAAUCGAACACUGAGAGAGCUAACAGCUCCUAACUUGAACCAACAGCCGUUGUGCAUCGCAUAUCAGCAGUUGGAGGAAGGUGCUAAUGUUGAGAUCAAAUCUGGUCUAAUUCAUCUAUUGCCGGCAUUCCAUGGCAUGAAGGUGAGCAGACUUGAAGCUAAGGAUUCGGGAAAACUUCCAUCUCAAACGGAGUUGAAUCCUAAGCAACAAGCCAACGCUAUUACAUUGAGAAAUGGCAAGGAGCUGAAAGAGACUGAAAUUGCAACUAAGAGGGCUGAAGAGUUGAUUGGAGCUGAGGAGAAGGAAGUGGAACAUGAAGCUGUAGCAAAUCCUCCCACUUUUCCAUCUUAUGAACCCACACCACCUUUUCCUGAAGCUUUGAAAGAAACGAAGAGGUAUGAGAAGGACAAGAUAUCUAUGAAACAUUCAGCAAGUGUGAGGUUAGGAGGGAAGGAAAAAGUGAAAGUCAGUGCUCAUGUUUCUGCAGUUUUCCAAAAGAAACUUCCUGAAAAAUGUAGUGACCCUGGUAUGUUUACUGUUCCAGUUACAAUAGGGGACACCACUUUUCGUAGAGCAAUGUUGGAUUUGGGUGCAUCAAUUAAUGUUAUUCCAUAUUCACUGUUCAAAUCUUUGGAACUUGGACCCUUACAUGACACCGGGGUAGUGAUUCAAUUAGCUGAUAGAUCAAAUGUUUAUCCUAAGGGAGUAGUGGAAGAUGUGCUUGUGAAAGUUGAUGAACUAAUUUUUCCUGCUGAUUUUUAUGUGCUUGAUAUGGAACAUGAUAGACAAGCAGUACCCAUCUUGUUAGGAAGACCUUUCUUGAAAACUGCUAGGACUAAAAUUGAUGUUUUUACUGGUUCUUUGACUAUGGAGUUUGAUGGACAAGAAAUUGUGUAUAACAUCUAUGAUUCCAUGAAAUACCCUGUUGACACUCAUUCUUUGUGUUCCAUUGAUAUCAUUGAUCCUAUAGUGCAGGAUGUCUUCAAUGUUGAGGGCGAGGAUGCGCUCCUCACUUCCAUUUCUAAUGAUUUAUCUGCUGAUUGUUUGGAUAUUCCUUUGCCUAAUAGUGUGCAGAUGAUGGUAGCAGAGUUGAAUGGUCAUUCCAAGCUUCCACUUAGACCACCAGGCACCCCAGGUGGAGCUAAAACCACUUCCUGA